AUGCCUCCCUCUCUCGGCACCUACCCGUCCCUGACUCGCCCUCGGACGGGAGACCGCGACGGCCGUCCAGGCACUCGCGAACAGGGCGCAAACGACAACAUGCUCAUCCCCAGCCGCACCUCGUCGCUACACUCGCGCAUCACACAGCCAAUCCCCUCGACCCUCACCGUAAAAUCCCAGCAACGCACCCCCAAGACCCUCACCCAUGCCUACAUGGUCUGCGGUGUUGGUCGCGAGCCUUCGCAAUGGGUCAAGGCUCCGGCUCCCUCUCAGGGCAAGAUUGGCCACAUGAAGGGCGCCGUCGGUCAGUUUUGGCUGCCUGAGAUUCUCGGCAGCAGCCCUCGCCUGGAGCAGGACAACGAGAUUGCUCGCGCGCUUCAUGCCGCCAUGAGGGCCUGCUUCCCCCAUGACGUCGAGAUUUGCACGGGCCGGGGUCAGCCUCACUGCGUCCACCAUGCCUUUGUCCUCCAGCAAGACUCUUCCCACACCCUCUACGGCAUCUGUCUGCGCGUCUGGUCCCGCGCCGACGACAAGAGGGCCGAGACGAUCCGCGACCUGCGAAAGCGAACCGAGCCCGACUUCUACGACAACGCCGACGAGACGUACUGGAUCCCCUACUGCCUCUCCUUCCUCUCGCGGUAUCCACUGUACAAUCUUCUGGGCGACUAUCUUAGGGGCAUGUGGAUUCACUGGAAUAAGGCCACCAACCUCUUCCACGCCGAAGAGGUGUCGCGCAUCCUGAGCUUCCCGGCUCCGCGUCUCAACGACCUCGUUCGCAUCGACAUGAAGGACUACGCCCUCUGCUAUCAGUUCCCCUCGUCGCCCACCGGCUUCCAGAACUUCGCCCUGUGGCCCCUCUUCACCUGCUUGUCCAUCCCCAACAUUGUGGGAGUUGUCGAGGCGGCCAUCUCUCCCACGCGACGCAUAAUCUUCGUCAGCCACUAUCCGGCCAUGCUGACGGUGGCCGCCGAGACCGUACGCUAUUGUGUGCGUGUUUACGAGUGGAGCGGCUUGUACGUGCCCGUGGUCCACGCGCGCCACGCCCAGGAGCUUGUGCAGGAGCCCGGUCCGUACAUUCUCGGUAUUACCGCCGAGUGCCGCUCGCUCUUCACGGCGCCCACCGAUGCCCUGGUCGUGGAUCUGGAUCGCAACUUCGUCCUCACCUCCAGCCCGCCUACUGCCCUGACGCCCAGUCAGCGAAACAAGUUUGUCACACGACUCACUCAGGCUCUCAACGGUGACGUCACCCCGUCCGGUGUCCCCCAGCACCUGCGUUCUGCCUACGGCGGCGGCAAGCUAGUUCCGGCUGGUCAGAUCAUCGUCAUGCGUGGCGAGGUGGAGUCGAUCCAGGACCCGGAGUGGUGGAAUCAGGACUCGGUCACGGCCGUCAUGGAUCAUGUCUGCGAGAAGAUGGGUCGCAACUCGGGUAUCAAGGCCGUCUUUGGCGGCGCCGUCAAGAAGCCUCUGAUGACCAAGGUGUCAAUGCGGCACCUCAACGAAAUUGUCCGCGAGCGGAAUCAGUACUCCCGUGAUGCCCUUGAGGCCUGGCAGGACUUUAUCAAUCUCAAGGGCCGCAUGGAUACGGAGCUCAGCAAGGUCAACAAGCGAAACAACUACCUUGUGGAAGAGCUCGAGAGCUGGAAGCAGCAGUUCCUCAAGUUCCAAGCUUUUGCCGAGCAGCUCACCAAGGAGACUCAAGACCUUAAGGUCAAGAUUGAGAACCACAAGAGGGAGAACCGUCGCCUGACGGGUCUGCUCGACCAGCAAAAGGACGACAAUGCCCGCAUGUCGGUCCGCCUCACUGGCACUGAGAAGCAGCGCGACGAUGCCCUCGAGGCCCUCGUCCUGCAGCAGGAGAUUGCCGAGGAGCUUGAGCGUGAGCGCAAGAGGAACAAGAAGGAGCUUUCUCAGCUUCACCACACCAACAGCACGAUCCUGCGCCAGCGCGACGAGGCCCGCCGUGUCGUGCUGCACCUGCGCAGCCUUAUUGGCGGCCAGAGCCACCACAUGGAGCAUCUGGUGCGGUCUCUGACGAAGCCCGACGAGCUUACGCAAGAGAUGGCCCAGGAAUUUGAAGCCGAGGAAGGGGAUGCCGACGACGCGACGGUUGACGGCAGUGAAAGCGUGGUCAAGACUUCGCGCAACAGCAAACGGCUCUCUCUGGGCUUCUUCGACGUCGCCGACCGCCACCUCAAGGACAAGACGGACGCCAUCGCCCACAUUGUCCGCAACAUCGCCGAUCAGUGCCAGGCCGCGGUCGAGGGCCUCCAGCUCGCCCAGGAUGCCGAGACGCGAUCUCUCCGUCGGCAGAGCAAUCUGUCUCCCGCCCAGAGCGAUGACGGCAUCGACGACCGGUCCGUGUCCACCAACGAGGCGGGCGAUGACAACCGCCUCCAGGCGGGUCGCCCUUCCAGCAUUCCUCCCACGCCAGACCUGAUUCCCAAUCGCAGCAGCACUGCAAUGUCGUUUGCAUCUGCCACGACGACACCGGAACGGUCCAGCCUGCAAUACGCGGUAGGGGGUGACAUUCCGACCAAGAUAGUCGAGGACGACGAAGAGGUUUUUGAGGAAAGCCGAAGCGAUAACAGCGGCGUCCCUAACGAGACUGGAAUCGUUGCCAAGCAUACGGAGUCAUUGCUCCACCGCCCCUCAGGAGCGAGGAUAAGCGCUCUCGGCGGCCCUCGAUGA